UUUAUCUGUCAAUCUCUGCAGAGUAACCCGACAGCCGACUAUAAAACCUCUUCAGAGGGUAUUGAAUACGACAGGAACUGAGACUCUCUGAAGGUGUGACGUUAGAGAUCCUGAAGCCUGGCUCUGUGCAUGAUGACUGCAGAGCUACUUGCUGAUGAAGAUGGGUUCUACUCCAAGGCCAAGAAAUACUGGAAAAAUAUUCCACCUACAGUCGAUGGUAUGUUGGGGGGCUAUGGGCAUAUCUCCAGCAUUGACAUUAACUCCUCCAAGAAGUUUCUGCAGAGGUUCAUUGGGGAAGGCCCCGGGAAAGCAGGAGUCGGCUGUGCGCUGGACUGUGGAGCUGGGAUUGGCAGGAUCACCAAGCGACUGCUGCUGCCAAUGUUUAAAGUUGUCGACAUGGUGGAUGUGACAGAGAGUUUCUUAACCAAAGCCAAGGCCCACCUCGGAGAGGAAGGCAAUCGCGUGGGCAACUACUAUUGCUGCGGUCUGCAGGACUUUGUCCCACAGCCGCAACGAUAUGAUGUCAUCUGGAUCCAGUGGGUAAUAGGGCACCUGACUGACACCCACCUUAUCCAGUUCCUCAAGAGGUGUCAGAAAGGGCUUCGUCCAAACGGAAUCAUCUGCGUGAAGGACAAUGUGAGCCAGGAAGGGGUGAUUGAGGAUGAGGUGGACAGCAGUGUGUGUCGUGACCUGGCCUCCCUUCGGAACAUUGUGCGGCUAGCAGGGCUCCACGUGCUGGCUGAAGAGAAACAAGACAACUUCCCUGAUGAGAUUUACCAGGUGUACAGUAUGGCUUUGAGGUGAAGAUAACUGGUCCCAUACUGCUGAGGGUAGGGAGGGCUGCUGUAUGGAGAGAGGGAGAGAAUGGCACUUAGCUCUGUGGCUACAUUAAAAACAACCUGAAGCACAACAUGGAGACUGCCGGGCUGAACCUGACUGUAUUCCUAAAUGGCAGCUCCCAUCAAGAGCUGCAUUCCUCUUUCCACCGGGCAGAUCGAUCCACUGGCCAAGGAAAACAUUGAAAAGCAGAAUGAAAAGAGAGAGAGAGCGAGAGUUCCAGAAGAUCAAUGCAGUGGUUUAGAGCCUGAGUAGCUACAUCCGAAUGAUCCUUUGUAUUUCUUCAGAGCACAGGAAGCAGUGAAAAAUGGAAUAUUUUAAAUAGCUUGUCUCACAGAAUGAGCUGGAAUCUGCUCCUUAUCCCAUCCAUUAAAAGCUUUGAGUUGGACCACAGCAAGUCCCAGUCAGGAAUGAAGCUUUAAGUACCAGCUGUGAGUUCAGGGACAGCACUGCUGGCCUGUGUUGGUGUUUUAUACCUGGAGGUUAGUCUGGCCAGCAUGACUGCCUCAUACAGCACCACAGAAAAGCAUUAUCUGCCCAUUCAUUACAGUGAUCUCUGUGAAAUCUCGCUCUGCACCACAUGGCUUUCUCAUUUGCUGGCAGAAUAGUCACUGCUUUUCAAAGUAAUUCGUUGUAGGUGAAGCACUUUGGUUCAUACCUGAUCAGCUGUAUUUCCUUGAUAUCAUCAGAUUGGUACAACUCUCAAAUUACAAGUUCUUCUAUCCCUUUUGUCUUUCUUUUACCAAUAAUCCACCCUGAGGUUGCAGUCUUACAAUGUCUACCUUUCCUCUCGUGCACUUCUCUCUCCAUCGUGUGCGCUCUCUCUCUCUCUCUCUCUCUCUCUCUCCAUCGUGUGCGCUCUCUCUCUCUCUCUCUCUCUCUCUCUCCCCAUCGUGUGCGCUCUCUCUCUCUCUCCAUCGCGCGCGGGCGCUCUCUCUCUCCAUCGCGCGCGGGCGCUCUCUCUCUCCAUCGCGCGCGGGCGCUGUCUCUCCAUCGCGCGCGGGCGCUGUCUCUCUCCAUCGCGCGCGGGCGCUGUCUCUCUCUCCAUCGCGCGCGGGCGCUGUCUCUCUCUCCAUCGCGCGCGGGCGCUCUCUCCAUCGCG